AUUUGUCUUUAGUUUUAUGUUUAUCGUUAUUAAAUUUCAUAAGAAAACAAGACAUUUUUAUUCGAUUACUUAUUUUUAAUACAUAGUGGAGUAAUGGCUACUACACUUGAAGAUAAAUCUAUCUGGGAAGAUGGGGAAGAAGCACUAAGUGAAGAAGUGCUUCGUAUGCCCACAGAUGAAAUAAUCAGCCGCACCAGGCUUCUAGACAAUGAAAUAAAGAUUAUGAAGAGUGAACUUAUGAGAAUUACUCACGAACUGCAGGCACAAAACGAGAAAAUUAAGGAAAACACAGAAAAAAUUAAGGUCAACAAAACCUUACCGUACCUUGUUUCGAAUGUUAUUGAAUUGUUAGAUGUAGACCCUCAAGAAGAGGAAGAGGAUGGUGCAGUAGUAGAUUUAGACUCGCAGAGGAAAGGAAAGUGUGCUGUGAUCAAAACGUCUACACGCCAGACUUACUUUUUGCCAGUCAUUGGGUUGGUAGAUGCAGAGAAACUGAAGCCUGGUGACUUAGUUGGUGUGAACAAGGACUCGUAUCUAAUUUUGGAGACACUGCCAGCUGAGUAUGAUGCGAGAGUUAAAGCUAUGGAAGUGGAUGAACGUCCUACAGAACAAUACUCAGAUAUUGGAGGACUCGAUAAACAAAUUCAGGAACUGAUAGAGGCAGUGGUCCUACCAAUGACACACAAGGAAAAGUUUGUGAAUCUCGGCAUCCAUCCACCCAAAGGUGUGCUUUUAUAUGGACCACCUGGUACUGGAAAAACUCUGCUGGCUAGAGCUUGUGCUGCUCAAACAAAAUCCACUUUCCUGAAGCUGGCUGGUCCACAAUUGGUGCAAAUGUUUAUUGGUGAUGGUGCCAAGCUGGUACGUGAUGCAUUUGCAUUAGCUAAGGAGAAAGCACCUGCUAUAAUAUUCAUUGAUGAGCUUGAUGCUAUUGGCACCAAGAGAUUUGACUCUGAGAAGGCUGGAGACCGUGAGGUGCAGCGUACUAUGUUGGAGCUACUCAAUCAACUUGAUGGUUUCAGUUCUACUGCUGAUAUUAAGGUAAUUGCUGCUACCAACAGAGUAGAUAUCUUGGAUCCUGCUCUGUUGAGAUCUGGCCGUCUAGAUAGGAAGAUUGAGUUCCCACAUCCAAAUGAGGAAGCUAGAGCUAGGAUUAUGCAGAUCCACUCAAGGAAGAUGAACGUCAGUCCAGAUGUGAACUUUGAGGAGCUGUCCCGUUCUACUGACGACUUCAAUGGUGCACAGUGCAAAGCUGUAUGUGUGGAGGCUGGCAUGAUUGCAUUACGCCGCUCCGCAGCCGCCGUUACACACGAGGACUUCAUGGACGCCAUUCUGGAGGUUCAGGCCAAGAAGAAGGCGAACCUCAGCUACUAUGCUUAAUGUAACCUGUAUUUACUAAUAGUUCAUAAACAAUACUUAAUCAUUAAA